AAAUGAGUUAAAGCACUAGAACCAGGUAUUGAUACAAUUAAUGAAAUCAUAGAGGACAUAGUCAAUAGAGUUAGAUAUCGAAAAAAAGCAUUCGAAAAUAUAGUUCUGAUUACUAUGACUCAGAUGCAUCGGAUUCAGAGCCUAUGAUGAAGAAGAGAGUUGUAAAAAUAUGGACACCAGAGGAGGAUGAGAUGCUGUAAAACUUUUAUGAAAAAUUUAAUGGAAAUUGGACACAAGUAGCCCAAGCUAUACCUGGUAGAAAUCAAUCGUAAUGUUCACAAAGAUGGAAAAGAAUAAAUCCGAAUAGAGUAUCUUAAGAAUCAUAUAAAGAUUAAAAUGAGAAAAUAAUGGACGGAGGAAGAAGAUAGAUAAGUGUUAAGAUUGAUUCAAAAGUUCGGGAAAAAUUGGAAAAGAAUUGAAAACGAAAUGAAUGGGAGAACUGGGAAAUAGAUAAGAGAAAGAUUUAUCAAUAAAUUAGAUAAAGCUAUCAAUCACGAUCCAUUCGAUGAGAAGGAGGAUGAAGAAAUAUAUAAUUUGUAUAUGAGGUUGGGUCCUAGAUGGAGUGAAAUAUCAAAGAACUUAAAAGGAAGACCUGUAAUCAUUUAAUCAAAUAAUAAAGGAAAAUUCAGUAAAGAAUCGGUUUUAUUCUCAUAUAAAGAAACACUAUAAUGUUUAAACAAAGGAAUCGGAUUCAGAUGGUAAGGAGAUUACUCCUCCAUAGUAAUAAAAUAAAUCUGAUUUCACAGGAAAAGAGUAUUUAAGAUCAUAAAUCCCAAAUGAAGAUAAAUAAUUAGAUACUAUUCAGAGUUAGUUUGAGCAAGAAAACUCAAUAAACAAUUUAUAAUAACAUAACCAUUACAUGUAAACCUCAUAUAAUGGACUUGGUAAAGGAGGUAUAUGAAAAUAUGAUAAAUUACAUAGAUUCUCUCAAUUCUAAUGGAGACUUCUUGUAAUUUUCACAUUAGAUGAGUCUUGAAUAGAAACAACAUUAUGAUAUCGGAAUCGCUCAUGCUGAAUCCAAUAUAUUCCAAGAUGUCUUACUUCCUUAUCAAGAUUUAUUAGAUGAGCAAGCAGAUUAAAUAUCAAUACAGAAGAAAUAAUCAGCAUCUCAAUUUCUGAGGACAGACAGCGAGAUCGUUCAUAUAGACUAAUAAUUACAAAUUUAAUUUAAUAAAAUGAGUAUGGAAUAAGAAUGA